AUGGCUCCACACAAUUUCGUCGCUCAAUCCGAGCCCGAGACAUUUCUUGGGGCCAGCACGGGCAAAUUUACCAUCGGUCUCGGACAGACCAACAUGAGCUUUUGCGAUAACCGUGAAGAUGUAUACUCACUCGCCCUCACCACCGUAUCCUCCCUCAUGAAAAAAUACAGCAUAUCGCCAGACUCUAUCGGACGUCUCGAAGUCGGCACCGAAUCGAUGCUCGAUAAAGCCAAGUCCUGCAAAACCGUGCCCAUGCAGUUCUUCUCAUCCAACCCAGACAUCGAAGGAGCAGACACCUACAAUGCCUGCUACGGUGGGACGAACGCCCUCUUCAAUGCAGUCCACUGGAUCGAGUCCUUAUCUUGGGCUGGGAAGCCAUCGUCGUUGCAUCUGAUGUCGCAUUGUGUAACCAGACCUCUGCACACCCGACAGGUGGUGCCGGCCGAGUCUGACCGGGCCGACGAUGUGCGGCAACAUGUAUACCGCGGUUCCGAGCUCACGGGCCAGCGCAUCGGGGUAUUUAGCUUUGGGACCAGCAUUAAUCUGCAUGCUCGGCUAGCUGUCCGACUGCGUGUCUCGCACGAUUUCUACGAUGAAAGCGUACCAGCAGAAGGCUAUGUCCCUGUUGGCAAUGUCGAAGCUCUUGCGCCGGGUACCUACUACCUCAUCCAGGUCGAUGAGAAAUUCCGACGAGUAUACGCCCUGAAAGAGUAA